CCCGCGCGCGCGAUGUGGUCGUGGUGUUUCUUCAUGCGAUUUCGGUUGCCUCGUUGGCGGCUACGCGAAGUUUUUUUUGCGGUGGCGACGGCAACACUCACCGGCGAUUCCGGUUGCUCCAUGCUCCAUGUCGUUCAUGUAAUUUUGUUUGACUCUAUGACGGGGUGUUGGAUGGAUGGAUGGGAUUGUAGUUGAAUUGUAGCAUUCUAGAUUGUACAAGAGAGAGAUUUCCUUGUUUCUAUGAUGCAGGAAUAGAUACACACUUGAUACAUAUUUAUGUAGCUUAUAAUUGGAUCUAUGUUACAGGAAUUGACAUACACAUUUUUGUAGCUAAUAACAGGAUGGCGUACUCUGUGUGCUAUGCUUCAGCAUUUGAUACACAUUCAUGCUAUAACUGGAUCUAUGUGCUGCAGGAAUUUUCAGAGCUGCAUUUCUGCACUGAAUGUUUUGCAGAAUUUUCUUCUUACUUCUGAAUUUAGGCAUCUACCAAACUCGAUGGUCGGCAAAGCAGCUACGCGAUAUAGCCAAUGCCAUCAAAGGAAAGAAGAGGGAUGUCAUAAGCAAGUCCUCUUUCAGGGAUUUGCUUCAUAUAUCUCCUUUGGUUUCUCCUCUAGAAGCGCUUGUUGAUUUCAUAGUCAUGAAGAUUGAUACUAAGAAGCGUCUGCUCAAGAAUUUACGUGGACCACAUUGACAUUCCAAAAGGAUGCAUAGUUGAUAAUAACUUCGACUAUUCUCUACCACGGUCUUGUUUCGUUCAGGAUUUGGAUUCUUGUUUCGUUCAGGAUUUGGAUUUCACUGUUGUUGUCGGAGUUGACACCCUAAAAGAUGGUUUCGGAAAGUGUUCUGAAGUAUCCUUUCUUCAAAUUUUGGAAACAAUACAUUUUGUUUCUUUUUGUCAACUCCAAUUCUAAAUUAUUGUUACAUUUUUCAUGUCUUUCCUCUAUUUUGUAUUUUGAAAUGCAGUUCAGCUCCAUUACACCUUACGCAACAACCAAGUCUAUGUCAUACGUAGACAGAUAUCAAUCCAAGCUAGUGUGACAGAGGAGCUGCCGAGAUAAAUGGCCAAGGUGGAGUCGUUGCGUCCGCAACACACAUAUUCUCGAUGUGUCGUAUAACUCGCGCACACAAGCCAAGCUACAAGGGGGUGUCAUUGUUGGCGCUCGAGAACCAUCUAAGGAUGGUAUGGGUGGUGUUGAUGGCACAGCAGAGAAUGUGCAUGAGCCGCCUCCGGAUAACAUGAAGGGUGGUGAUGAUGCGUGCAGCUCUUUGGAGGACUUGCUCCAUCCAUUACUUACAUUUGAUGAGUUAGAGCUGCCCCCGCAUACGUGUGCCAUAUACAACAAGCGUAAAAGGAUCCAUGCUAGAGAACUUAAUGAUGCAUUGACCUCAUUUGGGAGGUCGUUAGAGGGCAUAUACUGCAAACGAAUGGGGUUGAUGCCGUUUGAGGCAUCCAAAGCUGGAUUCGGGAGUGACAAAACCAAAUAUGAAGGUCCAGAAGUCACUUUCAAUCUAACAGCAGCUCCUGCUGCAGGCAUGUGUGAUGCGAAUGGCACUAGACCAUCUGCGCAGCAACCAAACAAUGAUGAUUGCUCGCAUGGGGUGCAGGCAUGGCUGAUGCAAUCCCUAGUGACUCAUCUCCGCAGCAAUAGAAGCAAUCAGAUGGGACUGCAACAACUACCGAUGCAAUUGUCGCUCUUUCAUCUCGGCGGCAGCUACUUCAUUUCAAGUUGACAUCAAUUAUCACUUUGUGAGGGAACAUGUUGCACAGAAGGUACUUGCAUUAAGUUCAUCUCCUCUAAAGAUCAACUUGUUGACAUCUUCGCGAAGCCUCUAUCAUAGUCGCAGUUUGUAGGUUGUAGGUGCAAUCUUACCUCGCUCUGUACCAUAAGCCACGGUUAAGAUUUAGGGACGGUGCUAGACUGUAUUAUACGUAGCUCUGUACAUGUCUUAUAAUCUGUAUUGUAUACCUCUCUAUACCCCUAUAUAUAUGAGAUAACCACAUCCGUUUUAGGAUGUCGAGUAGUUUCCUAAUAA